AUGGUGCGCAUCUCUACUCUUGUCGGACUUCUCGUCACCAUGGCCAUGGGUGCUCAGGCUGGCUUGUAUUGCCAGUGUCUAUACUCGGAUGGUUCACACUGCUGCGUUGCAGACAACAACGGUGGAUGCACUGCAACCUGCUUAAAUGCCAAGCCUGUUUUUGAAUCCAAAGGUUGCAAUGCUGGCGGAAAAUACUCCGAUGUGAGUGCUUGGAACGGUCAGUGGCGCACCGGCUGCGCCGACUAG